CGUCGAACGACCCGAUCGGCGAGUUCAUUUUGUCGCGCUAAAGAAAAUACAAAUUUCAAAAUAACAUAAAAUACAAACAAAAAAAAUUUGUUUUCUAUCCGUAAAUCUUAACACCGUAGUUUUGUGAUUCGCGAGAUAAAUCUCGUUUUUAUUAGUUCUUUCGAAAAUAAUAUAAUAUAGAUUUGCAAACAAAUUGAUAAUUUUUCCUUGGUAUUUUUAACCGUCGUGUUGUUGUCGGUUUUUUUUUUAAAAAUUUGAAAGUAAUAUUUACAAAAAAAAAAAAUAGUAAUACUUUACUUAUUAUUACGGUCGGCGGACGUGAAAAAAUCGACCAUGUUAUGUGAUAAGACUGGAAAAAAUACAGUGCGAUAAUAAGACAUAUAUAAGACAUAAAUUAUUAUUUUUUUUGUAAUCGGUAUGUGACGAUACGUUUUUUUUUUAGCGGUGAAGUAUUUUUCGCGCUAUCGAAAACUAUGACAGUUUCAUAUUCGCGACUGGUCGCAAACGGAAGUAGUUUCGGAUGUUUCGGAAGCAUAUUAUGCAAAUGGCGAGGGAGUGUCUAUAAAUUAGUAUGGCGAGAGUUGGCAGCAUAUUUUUUUGUAUACUUUGCCAUAAACCUAGCUUACAGGUUUGCGUUCACUGAAACGCAACAAAAGUUAUUCAUCAAAGUCCGCAGUUAUUUGGCCGGUCAUUCGGCAAGUGUCCCGUUGACGUUUGCCAUGAGCUUUUACGUGGGUCUGGUUGUGAAACGAUGGUGGGAACAGUAUAGACUACUUCCGUGGCCGGACACGUUGGCUUUGUUCGUGAGCGCUGCUAUCCCAGGAACUACACAGGACGAAAGAGGGCGAUUAAUGAGGAGGAACAUAGUGAGAUACGCCGUAUUGGCCUAUGUGAUCACAUUGAAACAUGUAAGCAUCAGAGUGAAAAAACGAUUUCCAACACUGCAACACAUCGUCGACGCCGGUCUGAUGAUGAAGAGCGAAAAGGAAAUACUGGAACUGAUCGAGGUGAAAACCCCGAUGACCAACUACUGGAUCCCGUUGACUUGGGCCACCAACAUCAUAAACCGGGCCAGACGCGAGAAACUGAUAUCCAGCGACCAAAUGGUCCAGACGAUCCUGUUGGAGAUGUCCGACAUUAGGUACAGACUGGGAUCGUUGAUCGGCUACGAUAGCGUCAACAUACCGAUACUCUACUCUCAGGUGGUCACGUUAUCUAUGUAUGCUUACUUCGGUGCUCAGCUGAUUGGCGCCCAAAUGGUCGAACCGCCAGUCGAAUGGGGAUUCAAAGACUUCAAAGAGUUUGACUUAUACGUCCCUCUGCUGACCAUCGUCGAGUUUUGUUUUUUCCUCGGCUGGCUCAAAGUAGCCGAAGUGCUCAUCGGUCCGUUCGGAGAGGACGACGACGACAUCGAACUCAACUGGCUGAUCGACCGCCAUAUAAAGGCCGCCUACAUGAUCGUCGACGAAAUGCACGAAGAACAUCCGGAACUGCUCAAGGAUCAAUAUUGGGACGAAGUAGUGCCGAAAGACUUGCCUUACACGGUGGCUUCGGAGCACUACAGGCGAGAGGAGCCCAAAGGGUCGGCCGAGUUUUACAAGGUAAAAGAGUCUGACGCCCUGUACGCCAACAUGGUGCCGCCGAACAUGCACAGAAAACCCGCAGUGCACGAUGACGUGUACGCCGACUAUGAAAGCGUGGACACGCCUAUGGCCGAACGUCGCAAGAAUUGGUUCCAAAGGCAAAUUCACCGGAUGGGAUCGAUCAGGUCGUCGUCGACCACGUACUCGUCCGGCGGUCUGUUCAACAGAACCAGGCACAAUUCGGUGUACUCCAGUCCGGAAAACGGUAUGCCCAACGCGGUCGCCGUCAACGGUCACGUGAACGGUAUCAACGGCGCACACUUGCAGAAAAUAACGCUUUAUGACCGUCUUUGGGGCAGAAAGUCGAUGAAGAGCCGACGGGGCAGCGUGCAAGGAUCUAACAAGAUGAACGCCAGGGGUAGGCCUAGGAUUCCUACACCGGACGUGCAAAAGGACGGUUGUGUCGCCGACAAGGACAGCAACGUCAAACAGAACUCAUCAGUCAACGGUUCCGUUCAGCCGGGACAGUAUUCGUCGGACAUACCGGUUGUACAGGUGGUGUUGUCGCCCAUUCAGGAGAUGGACCCCAACCUGUCGGGCACGUUGAGACACCAACACCGGGCGGCCAACGGCGUGGCCACCAGCGUGCUGAACCCGGUGUUCUCCACGGCGGGGUUCGCCGGCCAGACGGUGUUCACCACUCGACCGAUGUCCGUGUCGGUCAGCCCGAUCGCCCUGUCCACGGUGACGAUGAGCCAACCGCUGCUGACCUCGCUAGGACUGAGCGGUCACCGUUCGUCGUCGACGGAUCCACCGGCGUCACCGCCACUCGUGCUCACCGACAUCACCUCUUCCGGCGUGCCGCACUCGGACAAGGACGACAGCGCGUGCGGCGGAAGUUCCAGCGGAAGCGUGUCCAGCACGGACGAGCGCAAGACGCCGGCGUCCAACAGGCGCAAGAGGGGCGAGGUGUACGUGUAGCCGCCGGGUGACGAGAUAAUCGAGCUAAUCCGGCCCACUGUCGGUACUUUGAUUCAAAAAACUCGAUUUAAAUUUUUUCCAAAAAAAAAACCGCGUUCCCAGGUGGUUUUGAGCCGAAUUUUGGUUUUCUAACCGUAAGUAGACACGAAGGUGUAUUGUCCUUGCGAGCCGUCUCGCAUUGAUUUAACAUUUCUAUGAUUUUUUUUUUUUUUUAAUAUAUUAUUAGUAUUUUAUUAUUAUCGUUAACAAAUUGUGAUACGCCCAAUCAAAAGAUACGCCGUCCGAAACUUCAACCAGAUUGUAUUACCUAUAUUAUUGUAUUCUACUAUUAUGUUAUAUUAUUUUAGAGUCUAGCCUAAGUCCAGUCUUUAAACAGCGGACAGCGAUAAGAAAUAGUGUAUUGCGACAAAUGUUCCUUCUGAAAAAAACAAAAAAAUCUAAUAACAACGGUAAAGAUAUGACUAUAUUAUUGUUGUUGUUGAAAUAGAUAUUGUAUUUGUAAAUGCAUCGCGUGUACAGUUGUUUAUAAUCGGAGUAUAUUAUAGUAUUAUUAUUAAGUUAAGUAGUCUAUGAAAUUGUAUAAUUGGAUAUUGUAAAGAAAGAAAAACAAGUGUAUUUUGUACUAAAUCAUUGUUUGUCAAUAUUUAGGUACUUACCUAUUUAUUAUAGUUUGGCGAUAUCUGUGAUAGAUAGUUGAAAACCCUUUUUUUCAAUUUUUGUUAUUUUCAUUUAUUCUAUUUUCUAGAUAAAUAUUAUUAUUUAAAAGUUUAAUGUAUAAAUGACUAACCUGACGAUACAA